AUCAGCAGUAUUUAACUUGUUUCUUUGUUUUAUUUUUAGUUCAUCCAAAAUGAGCCAGUCAUCAACUGAGGAACCACCUGAGUUGAAUACGUGGACCAAAGAGGUCGUCCACCACUGGCUGAUGAAUGUGGUCAAAGUUCCUCAGAGUUGUGCCAAUCUUUUCCUGGAGGAGGAAAUGACUGGAGAAACUCUCAAUGAGAGUAAGAAGUCAGAUAUAUUGGAAUUAAAAAUACCAAAAGGCCCCGCUGUCAAAAUCUCCCGUUAUCUAGAGAAGCUUAAGGAAGGAUCACAACAUGAGUCCCAGUUCCCAGCUGAAGUGGAAAACUGGACAAAGGAGGAAGUGGCUCAGUGGUUAGUGGGGCAUGUGAAGGGCGAUGGCAAAAAGACUGAACGAUUUCAAGAGGAAGAAGUGUCUGGAGAUUGUCUUGUUUGCUUCGAGAAGCAGGAUUUCCUGGAUCUGGGGCUAAAGAGGGGUCCCACUCUCAAGAUCCUGAAGGAGCUCAAGCGACUGAGAAUUCAAGAGUCAACGCCACCAUCCAGAUUCAAAUCGUUCUUUAUGGGCAAAAACAAACAAGCAGGCAAGAAUCUGCCAACGGAGAGAAAGACAACUGAAGUAACAUUUCAGAAACCAGCCCCGUUGAUCAAGGAUACCCUGGAUAGGCUUUCGACAGACGAUUUCAACAAUUUUAAAUUUCAUCUGAACAAUCACACAGACCCUGAGUGCGAAGCAAUUCCCCUCUGCAAACUGGAAGGUAAAGACACCGGUCACAUCGCUACAGUAGUGACCAACCACUACGGACCUGACAAGGCUUUACGCGUCACACAUGAUGUUCUCCGAGUGAUACAUCGGCGUGAUCUUGCUGACCAACUGAAAAGCCACACGGGUUCGGUGGAGGUCCGCCAAAACACGUGUGUCGAUGAAGACGAAACAACGCAGUCACACUCAUCCAGCUUGUCCGGAUCUGAAUUCACACCGACAAAAAAGAAAUUGAAAAAAAAAAAGUCCUCCUGUUUUAAUUUUACUGGUAACUUCACAUUGUUUAAGCUAACGUGCUGUUCUAAGUGAUUCUGUCCAUUUAAGGAGUCGUACCAAGCCAUGCAUUAAUGAUGUCAUACUUUUGACAUCAUCAUUGAAAAAAGUGUUAGACCAAAUUGUCUUAAAGGUCUUCUAUCAUGCAAAAUGCACUU